AUGACUGAAGACUGGACCUUUUUAUCUGAAGUGACACAGGAGCACAAGUUCUCCAGAAGCUGGAUGAAGCACACUGGAAAAUCCUUCAGAGAUAGCAAGAUUGAAGGGAAAAUUAUAGAGGAUGCUGAAACACCAACGCCUCCUAACCCCUCUGGCCAGUGUCCUAUCUGUCGCUGGAACCUGAAGCAUAAGUACGAUUAUGUGGAUGUCUUGCUGUUGAGCCAAUUUAUCCGUUCUGAUGGAGGGAUGCUGCCACGAAGGAUCACAGGCCUCUGUUUGGAGGAGCACAAGAAGAUUGCCGCCUGCGUGCAGAUGGCACACCGUGCAGGUUUGCUGCCAAACCACAGGCCUCUACUUCCUGAAGGGCAUGUUCCCAGGAAACCCAAGUUGAACAGGUAUCUGACUCGCUGGUCCGUCAGAUCUGCAAAGCCCAUCUGGAAGAGGGGCCCUAAGUGGUGCAAAGUUCCUAUGCCAGUUGGAAACCUUCUUCUGAAAGAUAAUGUCAAAUUUGUAUACAAGCCACUUUAUUACAACCACUAGAUUCCUGAACUGGCACAGUCAAUGAGCGCAACUGUUUUACACUGUUCUGCUUUUUUGUUUGUGAGUUUGCUGGCAUUUCCAAAUUCAAAAACUCUCAUUAGUGCUCUGUGUUGUCUCUGGUGAAUAAGCUGCGAUGUUCCUCAAGGAAAACACAGGAAUCAGCAAAGCAGAAUUCAACGUUCAGAAUGAUUUUGGAGAAAGCAGGAGGCAAAGAUUUUACCUCAAAGCCAGGAAGGCUUCUGUGUUACUGUAGUCUACUGCUGGGUUUGGAAAGGUGGUUUCCUUCUUUUCCCAGAAAUAAAUGGUAAUUCCCCUUUAAUGUGUUUCAA